CGGAGUUGGUGGAAUUGAAGAUAUAGCAAUCCUGACUCCUGCAAAUUUGAGAUAUUAAUCACAGCAUGUAUUAUUUAAUUACAAUCAAUAUUUAAUUACACCAUGUAACUACAGUACACACAAAACCAUGCAUCGAUAAUUCUUUCAACUUAUUCGCAAGUCAACAGAGGUGCUUGGUAUGGAGAGAGCUCUAGUUUCCUAUGGUGAAUUCGAGGAUGUUUUAAGAUCGUUGAAAGGCGAUGGCCGAUGGGCUUUAAUGUAAAAAACGUUGUGUACCCUACAAGCUAAUUUAUUGAUAUGUACAUUUAUAUUGGACCGGCUUGUUGUUAGAAAUUUAACCUAUACUAGAGAGGGUUUCAUAAAAGAUUUUGUAGGUAAAUUUCGCGUGUCUGUUUUGAAAAAUCUGAUAAUAUGCCCUCAAGUAAUCAAUCAAUUAAUCUUUAUGAUUUGAACCCGUGGGUAGUUUGACCCGUGCGGGCAAUAUGACCUUGAGUAUUUCGUCUGUCUGCGGGAAGUCUGUUUUGCUAUCGUUCUCUCUUGUCUAUGCAAAGAAGGAUGGGUUGAAAUUCGCCAUAAAUUUGACUUCUUCUAUAUAUGAGGAUGCAACGUGCUGAUAUAUCAAGAGAUAACCCCACAAAGGUUUUUGACCUGAUUCAAAAGAUUGGUUCUGGUACAUACGGUGAUGUCUACAAGGCAAGAGUUAUCGCAACUGGAGAACUCGCCGCUGUCAAGAUCGUUAAAAUAGAACCGGGUGAUGAUUUUGAUCUUAUACAACAAGAAAUUGCUUUGAUGCAAGAAUGUCAACAUGAGAAUAUUGUAAGAUGUAUAGGAAGCUAUCUAAGAAAACAAAAGCUUUGGAUCGCAAUGGACUUUUGCAGUGGUGGAUCUUUGCAAGACAUUUACAAUGUGACUGGACCUCUAGCAGAAAAGCAAAUAGCCUACAUGUGUUGUGAAACAUUACAGGGUCUUAACUACCUUCACAAGAAAAGUCUCAUCCAUAGGGAUAUUAAGGGUGCUAAUAUAUUACUGACGCACAUGGGAGAUGUAAAAUUAGGUGAUUUUGGAAUUUCUGCUCAAAUUACUGCAAGCAUUGCUAAGAGAAAAUCUUUCAUUGGUACUCCAUACUGGAUGGCUCCUGAAGUUGCUGCAGUUGAAAGAACUGGUGGAUAUGAUCAAAAGUGUGAUAUCUGGGCUGUUGGUAUUACCGCAAUUGAACUGGCAGAACUACAACCACCACUCUUUGAACUUCACCCAAUGAGGGCACUCCAUUUGAUAUCGAAAAAGGGCUACAGUUCACCAACGCUUAAAGUGAAAUCAAAAUGGACGGACGAGAUGCACCAUUUCAUCAAAACGUCGUUGCAGAAAAACCCAAAAAAGAGACCCCCAGCUGAAAAAUUGCUAACGCAUCCGUUUUGUUGUCAAAACUUAACACGAAAACAAGGUCAGGCGUUGCUGGACAUUUAUUCAACGAGAAAAUCUGCGAAAGGUGUUUAUCAAACUGAUGAAGAUGACGCCGAGGAAGAAGAUGAAGACAAACAGGAGAUUAACGUCUUGACAAGAAUCAAAUCAAAGAAAAAUACCUCAAGAAGAGUUUCCAGAAGAGAUUCUGAUAUUAACUUAGGAGUUCUUGAACUAGGACCGUUAAUAAAACGAGAGACUCAGCCUGAUGUUCAGCCCACUUGUCCCGAGGACGAUGAAGAUCUUAUCAAUAAGUUGCUUCAUGAUUUUGAUGUGAACGACGCCGGUGCACGACAAAAUGGUUUAGCGAAAGUGUCGAAGGAAAAUGCAACUGUAAAAAUGAAUUCAACAGACACGACAAACGAAGAUGAUGAAGGAACGUUGAAAAGGAAGGAUGAACCUCGUUCUCGUCCGUUACCAAAGAUUCCUCCUCCAGAAGAGAAUGCCUCACCGCCUGUGUUGCCUCCCAAACCUGCAAGAUUAUCAAUUGUAGAACCGACCUCCCCUUGUCCCCCCAGUCCCAAGUCUAACAAACCACCGGUAUUACCCCCACGAUCCUAUAAUGAUAGUUUAACAUCCCCAACUCCUCCGAAUGUCCCUCCACCAAGACCUCCACCAAGACUUAGUGGGAAAAGACUCUCAAACUCGCCGGUGAAAUGUUUCUCAAAGAUAUUCAGUGAAUGUCCACUUCGCGUGAAUUGUGCGUCUGCGUGGACGGACCCAAAGACUGGGGAUCGUCAUAUACUCAUUGGAUCCGAUGAAGGAAUCUACACUUUAAAUAUUAGCCAGAAUGAUAAAGAAUUGGAACAGAUAUUUUCCAAGCGUUGCACUUGGUUGUAUGUUUUUAAGAAUAUCCUCGUGUCGAUAUCAGGUCGCCCAUCAUUUCUGUAUAUGCAUAACCUACCAGCCUUGCACUCUCGCCAGCCCGUUUUCUUUCCACUAAGAUCUUUACAACGAGACACAUAUACAAUGAGAAUUCCCGACACAAAAUACUGCAACAAAUGUACUGUAGUUCACAAUCCUUAUGAUGAACAAGUGUAUUUAUGUGUGGCAAUGGCAAAAACAGUUCUUUUAAUGCAAUGGUAUGAACCUUUGGAGAAAUUCAUGAAAGUGAAGAAUGUACCCUGUGAUUUACCAAACAAUCUGGUUACAUUUGAACCAAUCGUUCGAGCUGAUAUGGAAUUGCCUCUUAUAUGCAUUGGAGCAAAACAAAGUGAAGAUGGCAGAAUUCAUUUCGAUUCAAUAAACUUGAACUCCACGACCAACUGGUUUGAUAAAGCUAAUCCGACUGGUCAAGCCUUGAAAUUGAAAACAUUCGCACAGCUCGAGAAAGAUCUAAUAUUGAUUGCAUACGACAAUAUUGCUCAGUUUAUCGACAUCGAGGGCUAUAUCAAAAACGGGCGAACUCAUUUGCCCGUCAUCCAUUUUAAAGAGCGACCAGAUUUUGUUGUGUGCCUUCAAGGGAGUAUUUUAGGAUUUCAUUCACACGGCAUGGAAGGAAGAAACCUGUUUUCUGGACAGAUCACGGCAAACGUGAACGAAGCAAACAGGAUAUUCCGGCUACUUUGUUCAGACAGUCACGUUGUUGUGGAGAAUAAGCCCGCUGAAGAUCUCAAAGCACCUUCAAAUCUCUACGUCUUAUCGAGUUAGUUGACAACAUUACACCAUGGAUUAAUGAUGCUAUCUACGGACAAGUACAAUUCAGAUAAGCGAACAUAAUAUUUUAUUGACUUGGGUUGGACUAGCUGAUAAUAAGCACAUUAUUAGCACAAUAAGAUUGUCCAUUGCAGAAACUUGCCGGCUCCAGGCUCUAUAUAGCUGCACCCGCGCCUGUGGCUCUCUGGUGAGGGCUAUGGGUUUAGUAUAUUUGAGAAUGAGCCUCUUGUGAAUCAGUAGCUUAGAUUUUAAUUCGAGCGUUAAAAACUCUCUCCGAAAACUUGUGAUAAACUCGUGAUAUCGUAAUGUGUAAGAAGCCAGGAAAUACUCUACAACACAGUUUUCAAAGAGAAUGUCGUAGGCAACGUUUCCACAACCAGGUGGAAUUUUAGCACCGCGCGUUCGAAUCGUCUGGUUUUCUUGCGUACCUGCAUGUUCUGUGUGAACGUGUCUAAACAACUCAUUGAGACAGUUGGUUGUUUUGUGAGCAGUUCGUAUAGUGUUUAUAUAUCGUAUUGUAUCGUUAGUUUAUCAACUAGGAUUGUGAUUUCAAAGCUGUAUUUUUGCCGAAUGUAUCAUAUUUUUCGUCUAAACCUUUUGUAAAAUUGUAUUGAUGAUUCCUUAAUGUACAUUUUCAAUAUACAUAUAUAUAUAUAUAUCAACGUAUACAAAACUCGAUAUAUCUCUUAGGUUUGAAAAACUAUUUUACAAUGUUGAAAGAAUGAUCUGGCAGUGCUUAGGGUGCAGUGACAUAGUUUCAUUUGUAGCCACACACACAUGGGGAUGAUUUAGGCAGUUCUAGCUUGAGGCGUGGUUAUUAUUGUCACUGCCGUUAUGCAAGUUAAUAUUUUCAGUGUCGUUCAACCCAAUCGCAAAGUUUUCAGAUAAUAAACCGAAAAAAUUUUUCCACGCAUUUUCUUUUUGCACUGUCCAGGAAACGUGACAGUAAUCAACUAGUAAAUCCAUCACUACUUUGCCGAAAAGCUAGAAAUAAAAUGGACAAUAAUUUCAAUGUUAGUGAUUUGUGAUAAAAUAGGACACCAUGUGAUUCCAAGGAGUAUGAUAAGAUAUAUAGGGUAUGAGGUAGAGGGAUAAUAUAAGAUAAAUGAUUGAUUAUGUAGGAUACGAUAUGAUUUGGUAGGAUAUUUAACCUUGGCAUAGUGGGAUAUCAUGUGAUAGAUUAUGACAUAAUGUGUGAAAUAACUGUUUCAAAUUCUUACAUUUAUAUGACUUUCAUUAAUUCCAA